AUGACUUAUGACUUAAAUAUACCGUGGCCUUCUAAUGAUUAUCAAACACAACCAACUCAACAACAACUCACAAACUUAAAAAAUACAAUCAUAACCAAUUUACAAGUUGGUAAAACUAGUCAAUGUAUAAAUUUCACAAUCAAUGAAUCCAUAAAAAUACCAUUAAAUGAACAAAAUAAAAUAAAUCCUAUUCCCAUAAAACAAUUACUAGAAGAACUAAAACCAAGAUUCCCCAAUUUAAGAUUAUUUUCUCGUAUAACAUUAUCAAUAAAUGAUACAUCAAAAUUACAAAGUAUAACAAAAUUACAAAAUUCAUUUGAUAUUAUAAGUAUACAACCAUUAACUGAAAAAGCAUUACAACAAACAGCAUUAAAUGUUGAAUGUGAUUUAAUAAGUCUUAAUUUGUCUCAAAAAUUUCCAUUCUUCUUAAAAUACAAGACUAUUGGAAAUGGAAUUCAAAGAGGUUUAAAAUAUGAAAUUAAUUAUAGUCAGUUAAUUGGUGGAUCUGCUGGUUAUCAAGAUAAUAAUAUAAGUGUAAAUCUUAUAAAAAAAAAUUGGUUUAAUAAUGUAUUACAAUUAAUAAGAAGUUCAAGAUCAAGAGGUUUGGUGGUGUCAAGUGGAGCUCAAAAUCCAUUACAAAUAAGAAAUAAUAAUGAUAUAUUAAUAUUAUUAGGUACUUUAGGUUUAGAUAAAAGUAGAGCAAAAAGUUGUAUAACAACAAAUCCUGAAAGUGUUUUAAUUACAGGUAGAUUAAAAUUAAAAUCUUAUAAACAAGCUAUAUUAGUUGGUGAUGAAAAUAUAAUAUCUAAUGAAAAUGAAGAUUUAAAUAAAAAAAAUAAUUUGUCGGGUUAUAAAAGAAAAUUUGAUGAUACUCCUACUGGUAAAUUACUAAAAAAGGCUAAACACCAAUAA